AUGCUCCUCCUUCUUCCUCACAAGACGCUCCUCGCACUCUGCGUCCUCGCGAUCCUCUCGGCGCGCUCGGCACAGGCGACGGAGUGGUACCGCGUUACGGAUGACCUGCACCCAGCCGAACGAUCCGUCGAAGCGCGUCUGACAGGCCGCCAAGUACACAACACACUCGGCUCGCGCAGUCCCGCAUCACACCACUCGCACCCCUCCGUCUUCGCCUCGAAAGGUUCCUCCCCUCCCGCCGGCCCUCUCUACCCUACCAACCCCAAAGCGCUCGCCCGACCGCCCUCGUCGUCGAGGGAGAAGAACGUCUCGUUCCGUCAGGCCAAGAUCAAGGCGGCUGUCGGAGACCCCUUCUCCAGGAAACUGAAGAAGCGGAGUGAGGCGCUCGCCGGAGCGGCGGAGGCGGUCAAGGCGAAGCGGGCUUUCCCUGGGCGUGUGACGAUGGGCCAGCUGGAGCGGAGAAGCGAGCGAGCGGGCGCGAGGGAGACGGUCUGGAAGAGGGUGCUCGAGACGGACGAUGUGAUCGUUGAGGAGGCGGUCGAGGUUGCGCCUGAGUCGCAGACCGAGGAGGCGCAGCCUGACGCACGACCUGCGGCGCACUGGUCGAGGCAGAGCAGUGCGGGACGGGCAGGCGAGACGAAGAUGUUGCGGCGCGAGGCGGGGUUGAGUCCAGUCAAGCGGAUGGAGGUGCGGAUGAAGCGUUCCGAACCGUUGUAUCACAGGCAGUAG